GGCGGGGGGGCGGGCAGUCGUGUUGCGCGGAGCCGAGUGAGUGAGUGAGGGGGGGAGAGGCGGCAGCGCCAGCGCCAGCGCCGACGGGGGGGACUGCGGCUGUGUGAGGGGAGAGCGGACUGGAUCUGAAUUAACUUGAAGACGCAAAAAAUGGAUAUCCGACCUAACCAAACAAUUUACAUAAACAAUAUCAACGAUAAAGUUAAAAAAGAAGAGUUGAAGAGAGCACUGUACGCCUUGUUUUCUCAAUUUGGUCAAAUUGUUGAUAUCGUAGCUUUAAAAACUAUGAAAAUGAGAGGGCAAGCUUUUGUAAUUUUUAAAGAGAUAAUCUGUGCUACGAGUGCAUUACGACAAAUACAAGGAUUUCCAUUUUAUGGCAAACCUAUGCGUAUUCAGUAUGCAAAAACUGAUUCAGAUCUUGUCUCAAAAAUGAGGGGCACCUUUGCAGAUAAAGAAAAGAAAAAAGAAAAGAAAAAGAACAAAGCACAAGAACAAAUAGCUGUAAGCAAAAAAGCUAAUCAGGCAACAACACAGACAACUGCAAACUCUAACCAAACAACCUCUUCAACAGCUCAGCAGGUGCCAGAUAAUCCACCCAACUAUAUUCUGUUUCUGACAAAUUUGCCUGAAGAGACCAAUGAGAUGAUGUUAUCUAUGCUGUUUAAUCAAUUCCCUGGGUUCAAGGAGGUGCGUUUGGUUCCAGGGCGCCAUGACAUAGCAUUUGUUGAAUUUGAAAAUGAAGGGCAGGCUGGAGCUGCUCGCGAUGCAUUGCAGGGAUUCAGAAUUACACCAUCGCAUGCAAUGAAGAUCACUUAUGCCAAGAAAUAAUUCGGGUCAUGGGGAGAAAACUAUUCCACAAUCUCACUCAAAACAAAGCCCUGCAAAUUUCUUGGGUGUUUGUGGACUUGUAACAACGAUUACAUUCUGUCAACGACUGAGAUGUGUCUUUGUCUGUCCCUGUAUGACGUUGGGUGCGGACAUCUGAAUGCCAAGAGACUGGUUUGUUUAUAUAAUAAAUGUUUUUUCCAAUAA